AUGGGCGUCCUCCGCAAUGUUAUCGUCGCGAUCCUCAUCGUCUCCCUGUUGACGUUUGUGGCGCUGUUCGGGCAGCUGCCGGCUCUGCGCAAGACACCCAUCGGCUGGCUGCAGCGCAUGCUGUGCAUACGUCUGCCCAACGGACUGCAGAGGAUCGAUGGCUCGUUGACCGGAGGCCAGAUCACGCGGCGAAGUCAGAGACUGGGCAACUAUCUGUUCGAUCAGAAGAAUCCCGUCGUCCUGCUCCUGUUCCUCCUCCUGCUCACCGGCAGUGCGACGCUCUUUCUCUGGAAUACCGUCCAUCGUCUGCCCACCCGCCUUCUCCUCCCCGUGCCACUGCUGCUUGCUCUCCCCUACAUCUUCACCUACCUGUGCGUCACGUACAAGCGUCACUACAUCACGUGCACGAAUCACCAGGCCCGGAUGCUGGACUACCCCUACGAUCACAUCCUCUUCCGCCCAAACACGGCGUGCCGGACGUGUCAUCUGCCCAAGCCGGCGAGAUCGAAGCAUUGCAGCCUGUGUGGACACUGCGUGGCCCAAUGCGACCAUCACUGCCCUUGGGUCAACAAUUGCUUAGGCAGGGGUAACUACCGCUACUUCCUGGCUCUGCUCUUAACCCUUGCCAUCCUGCAGAUCUACGGAGCCUAUCUCAGCUGGUGGCUCCUGAGACCUUACUUCAACAUCAAUCCGAUCAACCCUCUCUUCUCCAAAGCCCGCCUGCAAGAUAUCGGCCACGGAAUCGUUGUCGCCGUUAACAGGGGCGGCAUCUCCAUUGCUGGUGUCGGACUUCUCGCGGCGUCUACGCCAUUGCUGCCUCUGGGCCUGCUGGCUUACCACUGUUACCUCAUUUGGGCAGGUAUGACUACGAAUGAGUCUCAAAAGUGGGCUGAUUGGAGAGACGACAUGACGGACGGCUUUGUCUUCAAAGCGACCCGUGAAGAUUUGCGAGCUCACAAUCGGUUGCGUCAACAUAGAGACGUGGCUGAGGAAAGAAACAAUCCUGCGCUGGAAGCCUUUGAGGAUGCAGAAGAUGAUGUCAAGAUCCAGUGGCCCGUCAGCAGCGACAUCAUCUUGGUGCGUACUCGAGAUGGAAGGCCACCACAAGGCCAAGAGGCCCUGUGGACUCGUGUUUGGAGCUUGAGCGAGAUUGAAAACAUUUACGAUCUUGGCGGCCUCCAUAACCUGUUGGAGAUUCUGCGUGGGAAAUGA